UCCCUCUUUCCUUGCUUGGCCGAUUCCGUCGGCUAAAAAACCAUCACCACCUGCCAUCUCUCGACUCUCCCUCUGCACUGCACCCCCUGGGACGGAAUCUCCCAAAACCCUACGAAAAAUUCGCCUGAAUCGCCCGGGGAGGGAACCUCUUCGGGGUGGAGUCUGCUCGAUCGGGGGUCCGGUGAAUUCGCGGCGGUGCCCGGUCGUUGACGAGGCGGCGGGGCUCUGCGAUGGCCGAGGGGCGGCGCUACGCGAUCGCGCCGCAGCUGGACAUUGAGCAGAUACUGAAGGAGGCUCAACAUCGAUGGUUACGCCCUGCUGAGAUUUGCGAAAUACUUAAGAAUUACGGAAAUUUCCGUAUAGCUCCAGAACCACCAAACAGGCCUGCAAGUGGUUCGCUGUUCUUGUUUGAUCGGAAGGUAUUGAGAUAUUUUAGGAAAGAUGGCCAUAAUUGGAGGAAGAAAAAGGAUGGAAAGACUGUCAAAGAAGCACAUGAAAGGUUAAAAUCUGGAAGCAUCGAUGUGCUUCACUGCUACUAUGCUCAUGGGGAAGAGAACAUAAACUUCCAGAGGAGGAGUUACUGGAUGUUGGAGGAGGAUUUCAUGCACAUCGUCCUUGUACAUUAUCUUGAAGUCAAGGCUGGGAAAUCAAGUUCUCGUACUAGGGAACAUGAUAAUAUGCUCCAGGGAGCCCGUGUGGAUAGCCCUUUAAGCCAGUUGCCUUCACAAACUACAGAUGGUGAAAGCUCACUUAGCGGACAAGCCUCUGAAUACGAGGAAACAGAAUCAGAUAUUUAUUCGGGAGGAGCCGGAUACCACUCUAUCUCUGGGAUGCAGCAGCAUGAAAAUGGAGCUGGACCCAUAAUUGAUGCUUCUUUUUACAGCUCUUAUGUUCCUGCAUCAUCUGUAGGUAAUCAUCAAGGAUUACAGGCUACAGCAACUAAUACGGGCUUCUAUUCUUAUGAUCAAGAUAAUUUACCCGUGGUUCCAAACGAAUCAGGUCAUGGAAUUCCGUUCAAUGGACCUAAUGGUCAGUUUGAUCUGUCAUCAUGGAAUGAAAUGACCAAACCAGAUAAAGGGAUCCAUCAAAUGCCUCCAUACGGAACUCAUGUUCCUCCUGAGCAGUCUCCUUUCACAGAAGUCCCUGGAAUUGAAUCUUUCACAUUUGAUGAAGUGUAUAGCAAUGGGCUGGGUAUCAAGGAUAAUUCUCAUGCAGACACGGACGCAGAACCACUAUGGCAGCUUCCAAGUGCUAUUGGUGGUUCAUUUGCUACAGUGGACAGUUUCCAACAGAUCAAUGGAUUUUUGGAGGAAGCCAUUAAUUAUCCUCUCCUGAAAACUCAAUCAUCCAAUCUUUCUGAUAUCCUAAAGGACAGCUUUAAGAAGAGUGAUAGUUUUACUAGAUGGAUGACCAAAGAACUUGCUGAUGUAGAUGAUUCCCAAAUUAAGCCCAGUUCUGAAUACUGGAACAGCGAAGAUGCUGACAAUAUCAUUGGAGCAUCAAGCCACGAUCAGUUGGAUCAGUUUACUCUGGGCCCAAUGCUCGCACAAGACCAGCUGUUUAGUAUAAUUGAUUUUUCUCCAAGCUGGGCAUAUGCAGGUGCAAAGACUAGGAUUCUUGUUACCGGUAAAUUCUUGAAGCCUGAUGAAGUUAUAAGAUUCAAGUGGUCAUGUAUGUUUGGAGAAAUUGAAGUUCCAGCAGAGAUUUUAGCAGACGGGACUCUUGGGUGUUAUUCUCCCUCACAGAAAACUGGUAGGGUCCCUUUUUAUGUGACUUGUUCCAACAGGUUGGCCUGCAGUGAAGUACGAGAGUUUGAAUAUCGACCAAGUAAUUCCCAAUACAUGGAUGCUCCGAGUUUACAUGGUGCUAGAAACAAAACAUAUCUCCAGAUGCGUCUUGAUAAAUUAUUGUCUUUGGGACCAGAUGAAUUCCAUGCAACUCUAUCUAACAACACAAAAGAGUUGAUUGAUUUGAACAGGAAGAUAAACUUAUUGAUGAAAAACAAUGAUUCGUGGUCUGAGUUGCUAAAGUUGGCUGGUGAUAAUGAACUUGUCAUUGAAGAUAAGCAGGAUCAGUUCCUUGAAAACUGCAUCAGGGACAAGCUGCAUAUCUGGCUUCUCCAUAAAGCUGGAGAUGGUGGCAAGGGUCCCGGUGUGUUAGAUAAGGAGGGGCAAGGUGUGCUUCAUCUGGCAGCUGCUCUUGGAUAUGAUUGGGCUAUAAGACCAACAAUAACUGCUGGUGUAAAUAUAAAUUUCAGAGAUGCUCGUGGUUGGACUGCACUCCACUGGGCUGCAUUUUGUGGCAGAGAGCGGACAGUUGUUGCACUUAUAGCACUAGGUGCGGCUCCUGGAGCUUUGACAGAUCCAAGUCCUGAUUUCCCUUCAGGAAGCACACCAGCUGAUCUUGCGUCAUCCAAUGGACACAAGGGUAUUUCUGGUUACCUGGCAGAGUCUUCUUUAACAUGCCAUCUUCAGACCCUCAAUCUAAAGGAGGCCAUGGGUAGCAAUGCAUCAGAAAUAUCUGGUCUACCUGGUAUUGGUGAUGUUAGUGAAAGAAGUGUCUCGCCAUUGGCGCGUGAAGGUCUUCAGACUGGAUCGAUGGGAGAUUCACUAGGUGCUGUGCGGAAUGCUGCCCAAGCUGCUGCUCGGAUAUAUCAAGUUUUCAGGGUGCAGUCCUUCCAGCGAAAGCAAGCAGUUCAGUAUGAAGAUGACAGUGGUGUGAUAUCAGAUGAGCGUGCCCUGUCACUCUUGUCUUAUAAAACAUCCAAACCAGGGCAGUUCGAUCCCAAGCAUGCAGCUGCAACUCGAAUACAAAACAAAUUUCGUGGAUGGAAGGGAAGAAAGGAAUUUCUGCUUCUUAGACGGCGAGUCGUCCAGAUCCAGGCUCAUGUGCGGGGUCACCAAGUGAGAAAGCAUUAUCGCAAAAUAAUUUGGUCGGUUGGGAUAGUGGAGAAGGUUAUAUUGCGCUGGAGGCGACGAGGGGCUGGGUUGCGUGGGUUUCGGUCCACAGAAGGUGCACCAGAUAGUACUAGUAGCAGCGCCGUCGAUGUGAUCCCAAAUAAACCUGGUGAGGAUGAUUAUAGUUUCUUGCAAGAAGGAAGGAAGCAAACUGAAGAAAGACUGCAGAGAGCUCUUGCUAGAGUGAAGUCCAUGGUUCAGUACCCCGAUGCUCGGGACCAAUAUCAGAGGAUUCUGACUGUUGUAACAAAAAUGCAGGAAUCACAGCCUAUGCAAGAAAAUAUGCUCGAGGAGUCCACUGAGAUGGAUGAAGGCUUUUUGAUGAGUGAAUUCCAAGAACUCUGGGAUGAUGACACGCCAAUGCCUGGCUAUUUCUAGGAACUAACAAACCGGUGCAUGUUCUUGUAAAUUACCUCCCUGCUUUGUUUGUUAGCCUUACCAGAUUGAUAGUCCCUAAUCGUAUUGCUAAAGUACCAUCCGUUAUGGUUGUGAGUUUUCUGGAUUUUUUUACUAUCUAGCUCUAGCUCUUUGUACAGUAUAUCUCGAGGGAACUAUACCUACCUAAAUGAUGAAUUUCAUUGGAAGUGCUCUGUAGUUUUCUGUAACUAAAACUGAAUGUGCAUGACAUUUGACGAAGUUUUCAUGUUACACUUU